AUGCGGCACCGAAUCGGUAAAGGCGUGCUGCUGACCGCAGGCUUCUCACUCCUCCUCACAUGCGUCUUUUACCUUGCCCACGACGGUGUAUUGCACAACUCUAGGAUUAUCGGCUGGCAAGCAUAUACCGCUAUCGACCUGCGUCCACCAGCAUCAUCCUCCAAACCAGCAUCAGCCAUCACGGAUGCCGUCGACACUACCGGCGCUGCCGCGGACGGGCAGUUGUACGAUGACAUGUUUCCACUCGACUUUUACGCUCCUCUCCUACCCAACCCAGCACCAAUUACAGAAAUCACAGUCAAGGGCUGCCUGCCGCUAACUCGAUGUCAACCAAAGACGACGCCUGCAGAAGAUGCAUUGCUCGGCAAGUGGGUCAAGGUGGAUCGAAGCUUGAGUCCUGCUGGUCAACUCGGCGCUUCGGCGGGUGGCAUGCUCACCAACCUCUUCGGAAGCAUUGAGCAGCGAUACCUGUUCUACCGCAAAUCCAGGAGGAGAGAUGUGCAGAACGUAGUGGAGCUGCGACUCGUCGAGGAAGGUCAGACUCCGCCAAAGGGCGAUGAUGGCUGGCAUAGGAUCAAGGACGGGUUGCGUUCCAAGGUGGUUCGAAUGAUGUCCGGAGAGAAGAGCUUGCAUCUAUACUACCGGACCGUAUCACCUGAACAGAGGAAACAGGAAAUGCUCGGAUUCUGGCGGCGGGAAGACACCGCAUCAACCGACGCAAUCACAGAGCUAAACCUGGUCUACGGCGACAAUCCACCUUGGCCAGGUUUCGCUGCCGCCGGUAUCGUCUCCAACUCGCACCCGGCAAUGGCAUCCGCGCGCGUCACACUUACCUAUCGACGCAAACCAAUGCGCAAACCGCCUCUCACACCGCUCCAGUUCAAGCCCGAUGGGACGUUCAAGAUCCUCCAGUUGGCCGACUUGCAUUUCUCCGUCUCGCCCGAGCCGUGUCGCGACUAUGACGUCAAAGAUCCACGUUGGUCGGCGCGUGGCUGCUUGUCCAAGAACGACACCCUUGCUUUGGUCAACGACUGGCUGGACACAGAGAAGCCAGAUAUGGUGGUCUUGACGGGAGAUCAGUUGAACGGACAAGGCACGUCCUGGGACCCCUACAGCGUGCUAUCGCUCUGGACGGAGCCUCUGAUCAAGCGCAAGGUUCCGUAUGCGGUCAUCUUGGGCAACCACGAUAGCGAAUCCGGUCCGCUGACGCGUGCAGAACAGAUGCAGGUGAUCGGCAAUAUGCCCUACUCGUACAGCUCGGUAGGCCCAGCAAUGUUGACCGGAGAGGGCAACUACUACCUCAAGAUCGGAUCGCCAUUGGUGGACAAAAGUCACGUGGCGACGCUGUGGUUCUUGGACACAGGUACGCAUGCAGAGAAGGACAAGUGGAAGCCCUGGACGAAACCUGGCUACGGAUACGUGCACAAGGACCAGAUCAAGUGGUUCGAGCAGAAGUACGCGGCGAUCAAAGAAGUGCUGUUGCCGUACAAACCGGAUGGAGCGCAGGAUCUGGCACCACAGCCUUGGAGGAAGGAUAGGGUGUGGGAUGCAGGUGAUGCCGAUGGUGGUCGAGUGAUGGGUCGACCUCCCAGUGUGGUGUUCAUGCAUAUUCCAGUACCGGAAAGUAUGAACCCAGUCGACAAAGGUGUCCUGCCAAAAGUUGUCAAUCCCACGCAACCUUCCUCGUCCAAGGAUCUCGUCGUUGGCGAUAGGAAGGAAACCGCCACCUACGAAGGCGCACAAGCUCAACCAGGAAUCUUUGACCUAUUCACCACGCUCAACUCCCACCCUUCCUCCUCUCCUUCAAGCUCGAGUACGCCCCACUACGCAUCGUCGUCGACAACAGCAGACCAAGGCAACGGAGGAAUCCGAAUGGUCGUACAUGGACAUAUGCAUCUCAACUCUGAUUGCAGACGCGUGCAGAACGUUUGGAUCUGCUUCGGUGGAGGAUCCUCGUUAGCGGGAUACGGUAGCGCAAAGGUGCAGAGAAGAGCCAGAGUCAUUGUGUUGGAGGACUGGGCAAGCAAGAUCAGGACCUAUCAUCGUAUCAGCUCAGCGAAUCCGCAGGAGGCGGACAAGCGGUGGGACGAGUUCGUGGUCAAUUACGAUGACAGCUAG